CAUCCGACAAUUGUGGCUAUGCGUUUAUGGGAGAGCAGAAUAGCUUUAAGUACAGCAAUCUAUCGGUUUUUUUGGACCCCAAUUUCAUGAGCCAAGUACCCAUAGUACUUGAUUAUGCGAUUGGAACCCUGAGUUGUGCUGUAGCCAAUAACUUAAAUGCAUAUUUGUGCAACCCGAAUAAUACCUUGUGUAGUGAUAAUACGGAUAGUUCUGGCCAUGGAGGAUAUCUUUGCAAUUGCGAAAAUGGUUACGAGGGCAAUCCUUAUCUCAGUCCUGGAUGCACAGAUAUUGACGAAUGCAUAAAUCCCAACCUUAAUGACUGUGAUGGAAAUGCAAAGUGCAUGAAUACUCCAGGAAAUUUUACUUGUUCUUGUGAUCAUCAUUUCUCUGGCGAUGGAAGAAGCGGCGGAAGUGGGUGCACUCGUCAGGCCUCACAAAUCCCAGUGAUUCUAGGAUUGAGCUUUGGCUUCCUGUCAUUACUAAUUGGUGUAACUUGGAUAUACUCCUGCAUCAAUAGAAGGAAGCUAAUCAAACUAAGAAAGCAAUUCUUCCAACAAAACGGUGGCUUAUUAAUGCAACAAAAAAUUUCUUCAAUCGAUGGAACAAGUGCAGAGUCAUCAAAAAUCUUUACAGCUGAAGAGCUAAAGAAAGCCACUAACAACUAUGCCGAGAACCGAAUACUUGGGCGUGGCGGAUACGGUGUGGUUUAUAAGGGAAUUUUACCUGACCAAAGUAUAGUCGCCAUCAAGAAGUCCAAAGUGAUGGAUGGGAACCAAGUAGAACAGUUUAUCAAUGAGUUGUUGAUAGUAUCACAAGUUAACCAUAGGAACGUUGUGAAGCUCCUGGGGUGUUGUUUCGAAUCAGAGGUUCCCGAGCUUGUUUAUGAGUAUAUCCCAAAUGGCACGCUAUUCGAACAUAUUCAAAAGUCAUUAUCUUGGUUAACAUUGGAUCAUCGAUUGAGAAUAGCUGCAGAAGCAGCUGGAGCACUUUCCUAUCUUCACUCUGCCGCAUCCAUUCCGAUCAUUCAUAGAGAUGUUAAGUCUGCCAAUAUAUUGCUAGAUGCUAAUUACGUGGCAAAAAUGGCAGAUUUCGGUGCUUCAAGAUUAGUCCCCUUGGACCAAACUCAAGUGACUACAUUAGUACAAGGGACUUUAGGUUAUUUGGAUCCUGAGUACUUCCACACUAGCCAAUUAAACGAGAAGAGUGAUGUUUACAGUUUCGGAGUGGUUCUAGCAGAACUAUUGACCGGAAAAAAGCCUAUUUGUUUUGAGAGGUCUCAAGAGGAAAGGAAUUUGGCAACCUACUUCCUUGUUUCAAUGAAGGAAAAUAGGUUGUACCAAAUUUUAGAGCCUCGGGCAGUGAAGGAAGGGACCUUGGACCAACUCCAAGCAAUUGCAGAGCUUGUGAAGAGGUGUCUUCGUGUGAAAAGUGAAGAAAGGCCUACAAUGAAAGAAGUGGUUAUGGAAUUAGAAAGUUUAAGGAAGUAUAGAAAGGAUCCAUGGGUUAAUCAACAAAGUCAUGAAGAGAUUGAAAGUUUGCUGAGUGAAGAAGCACCAACAGACAUUUACGCUUUGUCAAUAGGUCCUUCCACUGGUGACAUAUCUGGGCAAUAUAGUUUCAAUAGUAGCAUGACAUUUCCACUUAAUAAGUCAUUCUACUAGUGCUGGUGGCAUCUUGCGCAAUGGGUAUAGGAAGAUAAUGUGGGGUCCUAGUAGUCCUACAGACAAAAACGCAUAGCAAAUAUGCAGUGGUGAAUUGUGAAAGUACAAAGAUUGUUGUUCCUUUGGGUCUGAAUCGUUUGUAAUAGGGUGAAGAUCUUGUUUGUUCAUGUUGUGGUUUGUGAAUUUAUUUUCUAGGCCUGUCUCAUGACUUUUCUUGUUUUCUAGUAAAUUAUGGUAUUGUGAUGGUGUUUUGUAGAA